GACACCGGAGUUAGUACGAUGAAGCGGCGGUGCUUCAAGUAAUUAUUUCGUCGAGACCGAUGUUAGUACGGAUUAAGUAAAAGACACACAGCGAAAUUAGUAUAUCGAAGUAAUCGAUGUUACUUAAUACGAAUUAAGUAUGUUGCAGCAACUUUGUCGAAGAUCGAUGCUAGCCCGGCUAAUUGAUGCAAAUAUCUUCAUGUCAUGUAGAGACCACUUCCGGAAUGCAUUGUUCAAAGGGCCUGAAGAAUCGGGCGUCCCCGAUAAGGGCUCAGCUGAGCCACCGGUGUACCCAAUUCGAUUGGGGUCAGACUUACGAGAAAAUAUGUGCAAGACCGGUGUGUAUAUCAUUCUUGGCCUGUCUCGCGCACAAGAAUGAUAUUUACCAGCGUGCCAGGCCGGGCCUGUGUCACAUAUUUUAAUAUUUUUUAUUAUACUGAGCAAGACCGGUGUAGUAACCAGCGUGCCAGGCCGGGCCUGUGUCUCAGUCUUCCUCUUUUUUUUAAUACUGAGCAAGACCGGUGUUGUAACCAGCGUACCAAGCUCGGCUUGUGUCUCAGUCUUCCUUCCUUUCUUUGCAAAGAAAUGUCCUCCAAUCUUCACUUUAUUUCACCUCCCACUUUAUCAAAAAGGGUGAAGAAUUUACCACAUGCAACUCUCUCCCUUGUCUCGUUCUUUUGGAUGUGAGAUUGAAUGAGCUGGAGUUCAAUUAUCCAAGGGAGGCAACAACUGUAGACAUUAGCGCCAGAGAUGGAAUUUUACAGCGGCGAUGGGGGGUGGAUCUCGACAACUUAGCAGUGGUGACGGUAGGUUGAGGAAUGAUGGUGGUGGGGAUGAAGCAAAGAUCGAGUUCAUCGGUGGUGACGACGAUUUUGGUGAUCUUGUGAUGGCUGGCCCAAUUUGUGGAGGCCCGUACUAUCCAAUGGAAUCCCAACAAGAUGAAGACACAAGUCAUCCCAACUCUCCUACUACUCAACUAAAAGGCAAGAAUAACGAUCAGGUGAUUAUUAGCGCCCUCCUUGGUAGCUGUACCAACACAAUACAGCCACUUAUAUCCAUGGUUGAGACCUCUGCGGCCACAUGGAAAAAUUUCACGACAAGCUUUGCAAGUGCCUCACGCGGUCGUGUGGUUUCCCUCAAGUCCAAGCUUUCGAAAAAACCACGUGGCACUCGAUCUAUUCAGGAAUUCCUCAACGAUAUGCAGUCCAUUGCGAAUGAUCUUGCCUUGGCCCAACAUCCUGUUCCUGAAAUGGACCUUACUGUUCAUGUGCUAAAUCAGAUGGGUGAAGAAUAUGACUCGAUUGUGUCUGUUGCACGUGUUCUUGAAUCCCCUCUUCCGUUCACUGAACUUGGCGAUAUUCUCAAAGAGCAUGAAACCAAGCUUAAGGCUGCCGAAGAAUCAACGCAGUCCCUAGUAGCCACAGCGCAUGCGACCGAGCGUUCAUCUUCUGCAUCACAUGGCAAGCAACAAUUUACAUAUAGACGUCGCAUGGGCUCUCGGGAUGGCAAUUCGCGACGUGGACGUGAUCAGUCUCAUGGUGACCUAGCUUCUACAUCUGUUUGCCGUUAUUGUCAAAUCCCAGGGCAUACGGUGCAAGUGUGCCGCAAGCUGGCCAAGUUUUUACGAGAGAAUGGGUUGUCCACUAUUUCCGCACCUUCGGUCAACACUGCCACGGGGGGAUUUCAGCAUCUAAAUGCGUGGAUGUUCGACAGUCAUCACACAAGUUCCAGUCUAGCUCCGCUUCAAGCUUUCUCUGACUAUGGGGGUCCUGAUGAGGUCGAUCUGUAUGGGUGAUGGUUACAAAAGGCAAUAGAUGGGCUCAACCUUUUUUUAGGAUGAACAGUAAAGAAAACGUGGAAUCAUUU